AUGGCGCUCACGCCUGUCAUCUUCCUCCUGGCAUUGUGUCUCUCAAGCGUGGUGAGCAGCUCAUCUGCAGGCUCGCCACGCCUCAACUUCACCUCCAUGUUCACCCUUGGGGACUCGUACAUCGACACCGGCAACUUCGUGAUCAUGGCGGCGCCGGUGAUCCCGGUGUGGAUCGACAAGCCUCCCUACGGCAUGACCUUCUUCGGCCGCCCCACAGGGCGCACCAGCGACGGAAGGGCCAUCAUAGAUUUCAUGGCCAAGGCGUUUGGGCUCCCGUUCCUCCCGGCUUCGCUUGCCAACAGCUCGGACGUCUCGCGGGGCGUCAACUUCGCCGUGGGCGGCGCGACGGCGAUCGACGUGGGCUUCUUCGAGAGGAACAAGCUGGUACCGUUCAAGCUACUGAACAACUCGCUGGACGUGCAGCUGGGCUGGUUCGAGGACCUCAGGCCGUCCAUUUGCAACACCACGGAAAGGUCUUGUGGGGAAUGUUUCAGCAAAUCGCUCUUCGUCGUCGGGGAGUUUGGAGUGAACGACUACACCUUUCAUCUGAUGGCGAACAAGACCAAAUCCCAAGUGAUGGCGUUCGUGCCGAAAGUUGUGAGAACCAUCGCCUCGGCCGUCGAGAGGCUCAUCGUCCGUGACGGCGCGGCGCACGUGGUGGUGCCGGGGAACCCGCCGAUCGGGUGCUCGCCCGCGCUCCUCACCCUGCUCCGGCCGAGGAGCCCCAGCGCGGCGGCGGACUACGACCGCAUCGGCUGCCUGCGCGGCGUCAACGACGUGGCCAGGCACCACAACGCGCUGCUCCACGCGGCCGUGGGCGGGCUCAGGGCGAAGCACCCCAAGGCCACCAUCAUCUUCGCCGACUUCUACACCCCGGUCCGGCAAAUCCUCGAAAACCCCAGCCAAUUCGGUGUGGUGAGUGACGUUCUCAAGGCGUGCUGCGGUACCGGCGGCGCCUACAACUGGAACGCCAGCGCCGUGUGCGGGAUGCCGGGGGUGGCUGCCUGCGCCAACCCGUCGGCGUACGUAAACUGGGACGGGGUGCACUUCACGGAGGCCGUCAACCGAUACGUCGCCGAGGGGUGGCUCUACGGGCCCUACGCUGACCCGCCGAUACUCAAAGCUAUGCGGCCCUAG